AUGGGACGAAAACAUAAGACGACCUCCCAACUGCCGGCCCGUCGACCUCAAACAAGGGGCUGGUCGCUUUGCAUUGUUUCUUCUGCUGUAGUAGUGGCAGGAUUUUUGAUUGUCCUCCUUCGCGAAUUAUGGGUUUCAUUUCUUUUACUGCACCCGCACGUCCCUGUUGAUAUACCUAGUCCUAUUUCACACAGAUAUCGUCUACUCACUGUGCCUUUUGAACUACCGCCCAGUCGGAAUUUCCCAACGCAUCCUGUCCAAGAAGCCGAUUCCGAAAAGCUAAAUGCUGUUACUGAAGCUUUCGAAAAAUCGUGGUCAGCUUAUCAACGAAAUGCAUGGGGAAAAGACGAAUAUCAUCCCUUGUCCAAGUCUGGAUCCAAUCUUCUUUUGCGAGAUGAUAGCCCAAUUGGAUAUACAAUCGUCGAUGCGCUCGACUCGUUAAUUAUUAUGGGAUUGAAUGAUCAGUACAUUGAGGCACGCAACUGGAUUCGUGAUGUGCUUAGCUGGGACAUCGAUGGUCGACUUAAUGUAUUCGAAACUACAAUCCGUAUUAUGGGAGGUUUACUUUCUGCUUCAUCACUUAUUUUGGAUCCACCAGGCAACAUGCUUUCUCCGUCUUUGCAAGAUUCAGAACUCUUCCUCCGUCGUGCCAAAGAGCUCGCUGAUCGUCUUCUACCCGCCUUUGAUACACCAACCGGUAUACCCAAGCGUGAAAUCAACUUACUCACUGGUGAAUCAUUUUUCGACACUGAUAAUGGUAAUUCUAGUAGCCUCGCCGAAGCUACCACCGUUCAACUUGAGUUCAAGUACCUCGCUCAGCGGACACGCAAUUACACUUAUUGGGAGAUUGCAGAAAGGCCGAUGAGAGUCGCCCGCAGGGCUACAGAGGCUUCAGGUCUCGGAAUUUUGCCAAUCUUCUUGGAUCCAGUCCGUGGCAGGUUUUACUUGUCGGAAUUUCGCUUAGGAUCACGCGGCGAUUCGUACUACGAGUACUUGGUGAAGCAGUAUCUUCUGACAAAUCGUACAGAACAGGUGUUUCGAGACAUGUACGAGUUUGCAUUCGAUGAUAUAAAAUCAAAAAUGCUUAUGAGCAACCCCGGGGUAUCUCCUCCCCUGGUGCAUACGUUAGAAAUUUAUCCAAACAAAUUAUCAGGAAUGAGUCCAAGUUGGGCCGCCCGCACCAAGCAAGACCAUCUUGUCUGUUUCUUAGGCGGUACCAUGUUAUUGAGUGCAACAGAAUUCGAAAACGGUACACUCUAUCCUCCGAAAGAGUCAUACAGUCCCACGGAAGCUGCGUAUGAAGACUGGCGUGUUGGCCAUGAACUCAUCCGUUCAUGCAUGAAUACGUAUACUGAAUCAGCAACAGGACUUGGUGCUGAAAUUGUAUUUUUCAAAGCGGAUCAUUCCACUGCUGCGAGCGGAAGACCGUGGAACAUCAAGCGGUGA